GUUAGAUGGAGCGUUGCUCCCAACAGAUCAGACAGUUGAAGGUGGGGCAGGCCUCUGCAGUAGUUUUGGCUGCAACAACAGACCUUCCUCUGGAAUUUGAAAAAAAUACACUAUCGAUUCUUGUUUGAGUUAGACGGGGGGGGGGGGGAGAGAGAAGCGCAACUGCUCGUAAGCCGCCCCCACAGAGGACGCCAUUUCCCAACCAGCUGCCUCCUUCUCUUCGCCAGUCCUUCCGCGGGCAAAAUCCCCCUUCUCGCCGCCGCCUCUCGCCAGCUCCAGGAGGGGGCGCGGGAAGGCCAAAGAGGCGGGGAAAGAGUGGCUGCCUUCGUCUGGGUGAGCGGGCGAAAAGGCUACGAAUUCUCUUGGAAGAAUUGCUCGCUCCAGCCAGCAAGCCUGCAGGUUUUUGCAGCCUCCCGCCCCUGAAUUGUAGCCCCAGAUACCAGAAAGAAGGCAGAUGCCAUAUUGCAGAUGACCAGGAGAGAGCUAAUGUGAGAAAAUGAGAUUCAUUCAAAGUCUGAGUAAAUAAGAAUGGGCCCAGAUGUCCCUCUGCUGAAUGACCACAAACAAGAAUUCCUCCUGAAACGCUUUCCACAGACUGUUCUGGGUGGCCCUCGAUUUAAAUUAGGACACUGUGCACCUCCUUAUGUCUAUGUGAAUCAAAUUAUUCUCUUCCUGAUACCAUGGGUUCUGGGAGGAGUGGGAACACUUCUCUAUCACUUAAGUAUUCUGCAAGACUGUGGCACAGCUGCUGUUUCUGGAGGACUAAUGCUAGUUGCAGCCUUUACUAUCCAGGCAGCAAACUUGUAUUCAAGACACAAAACUGCCUCAGUGGAAAGAGUGCAUACUCACAGUACCCUAACAGAUGAAGAUGAAUGGGAGUUUUCCAGUUGUCUGGGUUCAGAGACAGUCAAAUUUAUUAUUCCAGGCAAGAAAUACAUAAUUAACAUCAUCUUCCACUCACUUGUUGCUGGGGUGCUGUGCGGCUUAGGAACUUGGUACUUACUACCAAGUAGAAUUGCCUCAUUAUAUGGAGGUAACAUUGGAGGAACUGUUAUGAUUUUUGUAUUUGGAUGGGUGACAGUCUGUAUUGGAGAGUACUCCUUAAUUGUCAAUACUGCUUCAGAGACAGCUACUUACCAAGCACUAGACACGUACGAAAUUGUUCCUCUGAUGCGACCUUUCUACAUUUUUGUCUUCAUUGCAGUGGACCUCGCUCACAGAUUUGUUGCUGAUACACCAGCUUUAAAGCUGGCAAACCAGAUUUUGCACAUUGUAUUUUUGUGUUUGCCUUUCUUAUGGACUCUGGGGAUUUUGCCCCCGCUGGAUGCACUUUUUCUCUGGGGAAUGGAGCAAGUGCUGGAGCUCGGUCUAGGAGGCUCACCCAUGUCAAGUAACAUAAGGAUGCUAGUAAUGUUUCUCAUUUCGGUGGGAACAGCUGUUGCAUCUUACUUCAUGCCCAGCUCUCUUGGUAUGGUCCUCUUCAUGACUGGAUUUGGAUUUGUAUUGAGUCUCAACUUAAAAGAGACUGUGAUCAACUGCUUAGCUUCCAACAAGUUUAAGAAUGUGUCUGCUGGUUGUAGGACACAGUUCGGAUGGCGGGAAUUAAUUUUCUAUUUGGCUGUAUUGACUUUCGCUCUCCUGGAAGCUAGCCUUUUGCACUCCUUCCUUGGUUCUCAAGCAUUUUCUAAAACCAGUCUCCAGGCUAUUAUGAGCUAUGUGCUGAUAGUAUUACUCCUUGCUACGUGGAUUCUUGGAGAGAUUCAGACUGUGUACUUGUUUGGAAUGUUCCGAAACCCAUUUUACCCAAAGGAUGUCAUGACUGUGAAUGUAUUUGUGAAGAAACGAAAGAGGCUCAAGAAAAUUGGUGUGUUCAGAAGGAUUUUAUUAACUGUAGUAUCUCCAUUUGCUAUGAUAGCAUUUCUUUCCCUAGACAAUUCUCUACAUCAUCUCCCAUCCAUAUAUAUUUCCAUUGGAUUCUCAAGAGGCUUUAGAAUGGUAUGGCAGGAUACAGAGUGUGCUCUGUUGGAUAUGGUGGUGGUGUCUACAGUGCAAUUGCUGGUGUUCAAUACUGACCUGUGGUGGAACAGAAGCAUUGAUACAGGAAUCAGACUCUUGCUGGUGGGAAUAAUCCGGAAUCGACUGUUUCAGUUUGUUUCAAAACUGCAGUUUGCACUUACUGUUCUCUUGACUUCGUGGACAGAGAAAAAGCAACGCCGGAAAUCCACUGGUACCCUGAUUACACUCAACAUUGUCUUCUUUCCAGCUCUGCUGGCCCUCAUAUUGCUGUCUGCAUUUCUGUCUUCCCCCUUGCUGCCACUUUUCAGUCUCCCAAUAUUUCUGAUUGGCUUUCCAAGACCUAUCCGAAGCUGGCCAGGGCCUGUGGGUGUGACAGCUUGCAUAUGUCCUGAUACCAUAUACUAUCAGCAAAUGGUUCCAAGUUUGACUACUGCGCUGCAAUCAGCAUUGUCAGUUGGUAGCCUGGGGCUCUGUUCACCUGGAUCUCACUACUUGUGCCGAUUUCAAGACAGACUGGUAUGGAUCCUUGUGUUAGAAAGAGGCUUCACUUACUGUUGUCUAAACAUUAAGGGGUUAGAAUUGCAGGAAACCUCCUGCCAUACUGCUGAAGCUCACAGAGUUGAUGAAAUUUUUGAAAUGGCCUUUGAACAUGAAGAAUGCAGUCAGACUCUUUCCCUCAACCAUCACUGCGGGAAUAUUCUAACACCUUGUGAUGUUCUUCCUGUGAAACUCUAUUCAGAUGCCAGGAACGUCUUGUCUGGAAUAAUUGAUUCACCUGAGAACCGGAGGCAGUUGAAAGAUGACUUUCUGAAAAUCAUCUUAUGGUUGUUAGUCCAAUACUGCUAUAAGAAGUCAAAAACACAUAGGACUCUUGAAAUAAAACCCAGAUUGAAGCAAGACUUGCCUCCAGUGAAGCCUCCUGAAGCUUUAAGCAAGGCAAUGGAAAGUCCAAACUCCUGGAAAGAUGAUGAUGGCUUCAGCGUGGAAUCAACAGACGAGUGGACUGAUGAUAGCAACCUUUUUGAUGUUGAACCCAGCAAAAAAGCACCCAAAGUAAGAGAAAUGGCAUCACGAGGAAGUACACCAAGACCUUUCUUUUCUGUUCCAGGUUCAGUUGAAAUACACACCACAGAAGCUGAACUACCAGAAGCAACCAAUGUGAAUAAACUCUACAAAGCUGUUGUUCUUGGUCUUCCUGCUGUAGACACUGGAAAACAACAGGGAGUGAUGGAUUUGCCUCCUAUUAAAUUUAGUAAUUCUUAUUCUGAACUCUUAAGCAUUCCUGAAGAGUGGAGAACUCUGCCCUUACCUCUUGCCAAACUCCAUGAAAUGAAGCAGUGGUUUCCAGAAGACUGGUACCAUUUUGGCCUUCGGCAGCUAGAUUUCUUUCACUUGAAAGAAAAUCCCUCAGGUUUACUUGAAGACCUUAUUAAAGACACUGCUUUGAAAGACUCGUAUGCCCAGUGUGUCCUGUCCUGUUACGCUGCAGUGUUUGGAUUAGAGGAUAUUCUUCCCUCUCCCACUCACAUAUUCAGAGCCUACAAUGGAGGCCUCCCCUGGUCAGUGUGUCUGGACUGGCUAAUAGGAAAGCAAGAGCUGUUUCAGCUAGCACUGAAAGGGUUCAGAUAUACAGUUAAGCUUUUGGUUGAUAAAGCAAGCCUGGGUCCAGUUGAAAAUUUCAAAGAACUGCUAAACUGUCUUGAAGAAUAUGAAAAUGACUGGUACAUCGGAGUGGUGUCUGAAGAAAAGUGGCAGCAAGCUGUUUUACAAGAAAAGCCGUAUCUUUUUUCCUUGGGGCAUGACCCUAAUAUGGGAGUUUAUACUGGCAGAGUCCUUACCUUUCAGGAAUUCCUAGUACAAGUGGGGAAGCUGAACAGCGAAGCUGUCAGAGGACAGUGGGCAAAUCUUUCUUGGGAGCUGCUCUAUGCCACUAAUGAUGAUGAAGAACGCUACAGUAUCCAAGCGCAUCCCAUCCUCUUGAGGAACCUGACCAUACAAGCAGCAGACCCUCCCCUUGGCUAUCCAGUUUAUUCGUGUGAGCCUCUCCAUGUACCUUUGCUCUAGAGCUUGACCAUUGGCCACUUGGUUUCUUAAACAAAAACUGCCUAUCUGUUCUUAACUAGAGUGACUGUUCUUGUAGCAAGGAAAACUUGCUUGCCAAACAGGAUGACGGCGGCAGGAGAGGCCAUUCUUUUGGCAGGAAUGUUUUGAGCACGUCUCUUUCAGCACCGGAAGUGUUUGAACCUCUGAUCCUGCAGGGCUGACAGUGGGAGGUACUUGAUCUGGGUGAAGACUUAAUGCAGGCAAUAAGCUCAUUAAUGUAUUCUGUGGGUUUUUUAAAAAUAUAAAUUGAAAAUCAGUAUCUCGACAGGUGACUUGCACUAGAAGUGGCAGGUCACAGCAUAUGUGUUUUAAAACCACAGGUUAGUACAAAAAUGUACAUAGAUUAAGGCUUUUUUCCUGAUUUUGAAAGAGGAGACUUGGUUUUUAUCACUUCUUAUAUUGUAUAGCUUUAUUUGUAUUGUUAAAAAGAAACUUGAAGAAACACUUAAUAUACAUCUAUUCAGCAAACAAGAGUCCUUGUUAAGCAUAGCAAAUUGGAUACAAAUACUUUGGUGGAAGCAAACUGAGUAAGAUUUGCAGUAAGAUUGACAGAUGGAAAAGCUUGCUCUCCCAUUGGGGCCCAGAUCUAAAAAAACAUGGAAAUGGUUGGGACCUGAAUUCCCAAUAGCAAGAAGAGGCUUGAGACCCAAGUUUUUCCUUUAACAUGUUAGAUGAAAGGACAACGCUCAUGUAAUAUUUCCUCUACGGGAGUGCUUUAGAAUGACUGCCGUAGAACGUGGAAUUGGAUUUUUUGUGAGAAGGAUUGUAGACCUUUCCUAAAAAUAUCGUGGGGUUUUUUAUAUGUUUGUUGGAAUUGUCCUUUACCCUUCACUGUCUUAAUCUUCCACUUAAAUGCAAUCAGGUAUCCCAGUUACAAAGCAGAAAGAAGGCAAACUGCUUUGGAUGCAACACCUAACCACAGUUGAGUGAGAAUGAGCCUGACCGCCUCCUGCGACCUCUCUUCUCCUCCUCCCUCCGGCUUGCCCACAAGUAAUUUUGAAACUUAGGCUUCCAAUUAACUGCAGCUUGCUACGUUGUUUGAACUUGGACGUCUGCCGGGAAUGCUUUGAUUUGGAUUCCUGCAUUGAGCAGGGGGUUGGACUCGAUGGCCUUAUAGGCCCCUUCCAACUUUACCAUUCUAUGAUUCUAUGAAACAAUAGCUAGUCUUAACUAUGGCUAAUACAAAGAAUCCAAACUUUAAACUAUAGCUUAUGAAGUUCUGUCUUUACCAGCCCUAAUUAACCACUGUUUAGGAUUUAAAUAGGGAAGAGCCAUAGCUUGGUGGUGGAGCAUCUGCCUUGCAUGCAGAAGGUCCCACGUUCAAGGCCAAGCAUCUCCAGGUAGGGCUGGUACAGACCCCUGCCUGAAGCCCUGAGCUAGAUGGACCAAUGGUGUGCCUCAGUAUAAGGCAGCUUCCUAUGUUCCUAAAUGUCAUACUAAACUGCUGUUAAGAUCAAAAGCUUCUGAUUAUUGUAGUCACGUGGGAAAAGAACAGUCGUGUUCUCAUAAGGAUAAAAAAUGACACAUUUUUUAAUUAUGCCACCACUGCUACCAAAGUGCUUUUUCUUUAGAGAUGUAAAUAUAGUGUGUGAAGAACACUUUAGGAGCACAGCACUGCCUUAGCAGUAUACAGUAAUAAGGUGGAGGUAGUAGAUAACAAGCUUCUGAUCCUUCUUGAGAACUAACACAAUUUUUGUACCUGAGACCUUAAGAUGAAGCCAGGUAGAAACGCUGAGUAAAUGGAUAACUAAAGUCUGCAAGAGAGUGCUUGAGAAGCUGCUGUGGGAAGGGGUGUGGAUGUGAUUGGUCCCCCUAGUAUGGAGCAGGAUAGCACCAUAAAAGGCCAGGUUGUGAAGGUUUCUUUUUUGUGGCUAGCCACCUCAAUGUAUCAACAAGCACUAUACAGACAUUUUUAUUGACAGGAAUAAGAGUGGAACAGGUAUGAAGCUUAUGCUGGGUUAUAUACUGAAACCUCAUUCCUUGGCAGGCUUUUUUUUUCUUUUUCAAAGAAAAAUGUACUUGAAGCAGAAGCGCUUCCCCUUCUCCUCCUGGCAUCAGCGAAAAAGGUCAUGGCCAGAGAUUCCUUUAAGAAGACUUUUUGUAGUAAGAAACAUCAGCAUCCUGCAGUGAACACAAAGACAUGUCUUGGUCCCGACUGCUCUUAAUGUCAUUUAUACUUUCAACCCUCAAACUGCAUGCACAAGCAGUGUAGAUGUGGGAGCUUGUGAAGAGCAAUUAUUUUUUUUUUUGCACACUGUGGCCCACAGCGUAGCAGAAAAUAGAUGUAAAGGCAUUUACGGUGCAAGCCAGUCAUGGAUGUCCCACCAGGGGUGAGAGAAAAAUGGCAUGUUCUGAUGAUAUGUCAAGGGUGCCAAAGGAGCCCUUAGUUAUUCCCUGCCGUCAACCACAGUAGCGGGGGUGGGAAGUAGGGGAAAAGCCGCCACCACCUAUCUUGGCCACAGUGAGGCUGUAAGGCUUAGGAAGCAGCAGUAGCUCUGCCAUGGCAUUAUUCCUCCUUCAAAGCACAUUCCCACUACCAGAAGUGGAAGCACCAAGGUGCACACGGACUUUCAACUGGGUUGAAGAGAAGAAGACCACUUUCACUACCUAAGAGCUGGAGGAUGGAUCCAAAAAGUCAGUCAGAGCAUUUGGAUCCUCCUAGCGCCCCCCCUUUUCCACUACAGCCUUUGAAAAGCCACUCCAGAAAACAUACCUUGCAAGGAUGAAUUCUACAAAGGCAAGGGUAUGAGAGGCCCUCUCUUUCUGAUCCUACUUCUGAUAAACAGCACUAAGCCAGAUCCUGUUUAUUCCUCAUUUUUAAACCCCAAUAAAAACAGAUGUACCUGAACAUUGCAGCCUAUCUAGAGCAGCAACCACCCCACAAGUCAAUAGGGAUCAAGAAUGCAUUGCAAAGGAGUGGGUGAAGUCAUGUGCUACCAAGAGGCCUUGGUUCUUAGCAUUCAUACCCUAGUGCUUUUUCAGCACUCAAAGGCCUUCAGCGGACAUUCUGGUUCAAUAGGCUAGAGUGAUAAUGUGAUACGAGGACAGUUAAUGCUUGAAGAACAUACCACUCCACUUUUGAAGUUCUCGAUUCGCCUCCUUCCCAUGCGGUUCAGUAGCCACCACGCCCAAGUAGGUGCAUAUUGCCAGAGGUAACAGACUGCCAGAUAAGGCUGGUCGCUGAUCCAGGCUUCCUUCACGUCAUUAACUGCGCUAACCAGAGUUAGCUGGACACAACGGGCAGUUGACAUUUUGUGAGACUGGUCCCCAACAUUUUCAUUGACCUGAAUAGAGGGGAGAUUGGAGGCAGGGGGGAAUAAGUGGGGGGAAAUUUAAAUCCCCUGCUUACAAGUAAGUCCCUUGUAUUAUUGUGUAUUUCAAAUCAAUGCUGUAUCUGCAGUAGGGAUGUACUAGAAUUGUGCCCAAUUUGGAUUUGGUACUGAGUUUUCCAUUAAUUCACUUAUUCUCAAUUGCUGAGGAUCGGAUUUUAAUGUAGCAAAUUUCUGCAGCUAUUUUUGAAAACGGACUUAAAAAAAAUCUGCCUCUAAAAAAUUAAUUGUAAGAAUGAUAAAUUAUAUUUCCUUUAAGAAUGCCAAUAUUAAUAUUGAUAUUUUUUCUGAGUGGAAAAAAUCACAGAUCAGUAAAAGCGGCGACUAGCGGAUACGGAACAAAGUUGAAUCAAUGCUAGCCUGUUAGGUCGAUGAAACGGUUUUGAACCGGCACCAGCCAACAGAUCCCAUCCCUAACCUGCAGUUAUAAGCAAAAAGUUUUAGUUCUUACAUUGUACAUUUUAGCAAGCAUGACUUCAAUCAAAAGUUCAUGUUCCAAGCUCAGCAGAGUUUGCAGGCUUGAACGUGGGGAGUUCAAUCGUGGGGAGCUCAUUUAGGUGUGUGAUAGCCACGGGUUACUUUUCCAUACCUGAACCUUGCAGAAAGCAGGACUGAACUCCCCACACAUCAAUUGAUGUGUGAAGAGUUCAGUCCUGCUUGGUCACUCUCUUCCCCCACGCCUGCCUGCCAACUGUGAUAAAUUAGUGGGACCACCAAUCUGUCAAUCACAUGAUAUAUGAUUGAUGGGUGGUCCUGCCCACCUGUCACAGUUGGCCCACAAGGUGCAGGGAGAUAAAGGUCUGGCCUGCUAGGCCAAUAAGGCCUUCACAGUCAAGAUACAAGUGAGGUGGAUGGGAAUGCCUUAUGCUGCUUCCAGGACAAAGACCAUUUAUGCUCAGUUUUAAUAAAGCAAACACUUACAGUACACCCAGGGAAUUUAUUACAAUGGCCGUAUUCAUAUCAUAUCCUUGUAAUGUUUUAAUAGAUGGAUUGACAAGUAUGACUUUUAAGUGUACGUUACCUCUUUUUUUUUUUUCAUUGUCGUAUUUUAAAUUGUUCUGUCCCAGCCUGAAAUCAGUGGUGAUGGGAGGCAAAAUAUAAAAUAAAUAAAUGUCUGUUUAAUAAGCAGAGAUAUGAAUGAAACCUUUGGCCAUGCCUGCAGCCCCUUUGUGUGAGCAAACAAACCAGGAAGUCUUCCAUGACAUGUGAAACAGGAAACCUAUGGUUAAUGGCUGCAUAGCAAGCCAGGAUAUGAAACCAACCUCAAACCAUGGCUUCAUUUGCUGGCUUGUUCCAAAGUCAUUAACCAUGGUUUCUUGGUUUGGAUGUAAUGGGAAACUAUAGUUAAAGGAAGACUUCCUGGUUAGUAUGCUCCCACCAUAAAGGAAGAAACUGGAGUUUUGUGCAUGCUCAACAAGGCUUGCUCAUCUUGUACCAAAGUCAUUGUGUGCCUUGCGUAUCUUUAAAGGCAAUCCCUAGUCCAGGCUUGGGGAACCUGUGGCACUGUUGUCUGGGGCUGAUGGAAGUUGGAGUCCAACAACAUCUGGAGGGCCAUCGGUUCCCCAUCCCUGCCCUAAUGUGAGGGGUAGGUGUGUGGAGAGAUGGGCCUCGAAGGCCAGGGAGAGUUCUGGAAGGCAAAAGGCUGAAGUGUGUAGAGUUAUCCCAAGGUGAGGCUUAUGAAGAAUGAGGCCUGGAUUGUGAGAUCAGGAGUUGAUACGUAAAGCAUCUAUUGUUUUCCUUAACUGGAUCACCGUCUUAUCUAGCAAAUAGCCUGCCUGCCUCAGCAGCUAGUGUAGGCCACCAAGCUACUUUAACUGUGUCUUGGCUUAUUGUUGACAUUGUUUUAAUGUUUUUGAUUGCUGUAAACCGCCCAGAGAGCUUCGGCUAUGGGGCGGUAUACAAGUGCAAUAAAUAAAUAAAUAUGAUUGUCUGAAAAAGCUCAGUAAGUCUGUGUAAAUGUAGGGAGAGGCCCAGUUCUGCAAAGGCAGAAGUCAUAUAAGUGUCUGGAUUAUACCACUAAAGACUGCAGGAAUGAUGCAAUGCUCCCCAUGCUGCAAAAUUCCCUGCGCAUAGACAUCUAGAGGUCAGGGAGAAGGUUUCCAAACAUUCUUGUUUACUACGCACAGGGAAUCUUUGCUUCAUACAGAAGAGGCAUAGCUGAGACACAGGCCUACAACUUCAGGUGCUGUUGAUGACAUCUAGGCCAGAGUCAGACUAACCAACAAGUGAUCUCCAGGAUCUCGGGCAAAAGGACUUUCCCUGUCCUGUUACCAGAAAUCUUGGUUCACGGUUACUCAGUUAUCAGAGUUGUGUCCAGAGCACUGAUUAGAUUCCUGAGAAUCCUAGCUUUCAUGGUUUGUUUUCUAAAAAUCAAGAUAUUCUUAUACUAUGAUGACUGGAGUAUAUUCUCCUCAGGAUUCCUAUGUAUGGAGUUAUUCCUGUUUUUCUUUUGAAAUUUUCUUUUUCUGCCUGAAAUAAGAUUAAUAAAAAUAUAUUUUUAAAAAUCAAGCUUCUGGCACACAUCACCAGUUCACAGCUGCACAAGGCUCCAGACAACAAAAUGUUUCCACAACAUCAAAAAUCUCUGCCCAUGGAAAGGUAACCAACUCAGGGAUAGCCAAUGUAGUGUCCUUCAGAUGUUUUGGACUACAGCUCCCAUCAGCCCCAGCCACUGGUAGAGGAUGAUGGGAGUUGUACGCCACCGUGUUGGCUACUCCUGAACUAUCCUAACCUUGUCCUAGACUUGCUAAUUUUCUAUAUGUGUAAAAAAAAUGAGAGGGAGCAUUCAGAGACCCUCCUGUAUCCUGAAGUGAUACAGUCCCAGGAAGGUGGUAUCUUCCUUACCUGAAACGCGCCACAGAAGAUGCUGUUGAAUGAGUUGCUGACACACACACACACAGCUAUCUAGGCUUUGUAGGGCAACCUGGGGAAUUUCCCCUAAUCCCCCAAUCCAUCUAAAAAGAUGCCCAUCCUAAGCAAUGGCAGCUGCUGCUUAUGCAGCUGUGCUGGGCCAGUUCUUACACUGUCACCACUACAUCAAAGCAAGCAACAAAGAGCAAUAAUGGCACUUAACUAUAUUCCUUUUUUUUAAAAUGGCCUUUUCUGAGGCCAGUUAAGAUUGUUCUUUAUGUUGUCUCCACGUACUUACCUUUGAGACAUCUUCAGUAAAGACAUUUUGUAUGAUCUGUGACUGGACAGGCCCCGGGCAGAUGUUAAUCACACU